AUGCCCAACAUGCCUCACCAGACCAUUCAUCUCUUCCGUAAGGGACUUCGGCUCCAUGACAACCCAACUCUGCUGGCCGCACUGGAGUCCUCAGAGGUUGUGUAUCCAGUCUACAUUCUGGAUAGAUUUCAGAGUAGCAGCCGUUUCCUGAUAUCUGCAAUGAAUAUGGGAACUCUGCGCUGGCAUUUCCUGCUGCAGUCCCUCGAGGAUCUGCAGAGGAACCUAACUAAACUGGGCUCUUGCUUACUGGUUAUUCAAGGAGAGUAUGAGUCAGUUCUUCGAGACCAUGUUAAAAAGUGGAACAUUACCCAGGUGACUCUAGAUGCUGAGAUUGAACCAUUUUACAAAGAGAUGGAGAGGAUCAUACAAGUUCUGGGGGGAGAGAUGGGAUUUGAUGUGCUUUCUUUGAUGGGCCACACGCCUUAUGACAUCAGACGGAUUUUGGACAUGAAUGGUGGGACUCCCCCCUUGACAUACAAAAGAUUUCUUCAUAUCCUCUCUGUACUCGGGGACCCUGACAUGCCUGUACGAAACCUUACAGCUGAGGAUUUCCAGUAA